AUGGCGCAUACUCCAAAUGGAGUGUCCAAUUCGAAUCUAUAUACCACUACGGCUUUGAAUCGUUGGUCUGUUGCGGAUAAACAGUUGCCUUCUGUUGACAAAAUUAAGGCUCUUCAUGUUUAUGAUUUUGAUAAUACCCUUUUCAACAGCCCUCUUCCCAAUCCGAAAUUAUGGAAUGGGCCAACUAUAGGAUUUUUACAGACUCAAGAUACAUUUGCGACUGGUGGUUGGUGGCAUGACUCGAGGAUUCUUGCAGCUACAGGUGAAGGUGUAGAAAAAGAAGAACCUCGGGCUUGGGAAGGUUGGUGGAAUGAGCGAAUUGUUGAUCUCAUUGAGUUGAGUAUACAACAAAAAGAUGCUCUUUCAAUUCUUUUAACUGGUCGUUCCGAGGCAGGAUUUUCAGAAUUGCUGAAAAGAAUGCUUGCUAGUAAAGGUCUUGAUGUGGAUAUGAUUGUCCUAAAACCAGCAGCAGGUCCUAGGAAUGAGAGGUUCAGUAGUACGAUGAACUUCAAACAAUGUUUCUUGGAAACUUUAAUGGAGACAUACAAAGGUGCUGAGGAAAUCAGAAUUUACGAGGAUAGAGUCAGACAUGUUAAGGCAUUCAGAGAUUUCUUCACGGAUUAUAACAAACGUCAAAAUGGCUCUAAUGGUAUUCCAUCUCGUUCUGCUAUUGUUGCUGAAGUGGUUCAGGUUGCAGAUGGUGCCACAUUACUUGAUCCUGUUAUGGAAGCUGCAGAGGUACAGCGUUUGAUCAAUGAUCAUAAUGCUGCAAUCGAUGCAGGAAAAUUUGGCGAGAGACUUCAAAUUAAGAAGACUGUUUUCUAUACUGGAUAUUUGAUCAAUAAUACUGACACUCAGAAGCUGCUUACUUUAGCUCAGCUUCCAUCGAACAUGCCAGACACUGAAGCAAAGUUUCUGGCUAACAAUGUUCUCAUUACUCCUCGCCCAUGUCCAGAAAGUAUUCUGCAAAAGGUUGGAGGAAUGGGUAGUAAGACUACCUGGGAAGUAACAGGAACAGCAGUCUUUGAGAACAAGAUUUGGGCCGCUCGUGUCAGGCCUGUACCAGAGACAAAGAAAUUCUAUACCGAAAAUCCAAUUCCUGUUGUCGUUCUCGCAUUGCGCAAAGGCGCUCGACCAAUUGAUGCAGGUAAGAUUCAAAAUUGGCAACCUGUUCCACCAGAAAAGGCAUUUGUCUUUGAAAGUACUGUCGGAGAGAAAGUCCUUCUCAGGAUAGAGAAGGAAGAUCUCUCUGAGAACGAGUAUGAAAGUCUGUUCCCCAAUAAAUCAUUCAAGCGCAAACAUUCCCCUGAGCCUAGGCAGCCAAGUGGAUCAUACGGUGGACACAAUCAAGUUCAAAUUAAGAAAGGGAGUCAAGAAAAUAAUUAUGGUGGUCGUGGUGGCCGAGGAAAUCACCGUGGAAAUGGUCCACAACGUGGUGGUUAUGGUCGAAAUAAUCGUGGGGGUAAUGGUAAUGGUAACGGAGGUGGAGGUAAAGGAAAAGGAAGAGGAUACGGUUAUCGAUCUCUAGAUGAUGUCAAUGAACGAAGCUCAAAUAAUACGCCACCAGUAUAUAAUCCUGCAGUUGCCUACGAAGAUUUUCCGCCAUUGCAAAAGAACUACCAAACACCGCAGCAAUUGGUACAGGCACAGUUUCAGCAGUAUCAAGAGCAACUUCAAAAGAGUAAUGGUGGAAAGAGUGGUGGAAGUGGAGAGUUGCAGUACUUCUAG